AUGAACAGCAACAACAGCGUUAGCAGAAAGAAGGUUGCGAAAAAUGGAGGAACGGCCAAGGGUAGUGAAGAAAAUGUUAAAGACAAUGCAAGUAUAUGCGAAGAGAAUUGUGGUGACAGUAGUAAAGAGUUGGAGCAAAAUGUAAAUGAAAAGAGUCAAGCCAAGUGCAUGGCAGGUGUGAAGAAAGAGAAGGAAGAAGAUAGCAGCACAAAUAAGGGUGAUGAAAUGAAGCUCAAGGAAGAAAAUCAAGAUGUUAAUAAUCAGAAGGAAGAGAAAAUGGAGGAGGAGAAGAAAAAGAAGAAAAAAAAUAAUAAGCUUUCCAACGCAGAUGACGUAGACAACGGCAGUGGUGUCGGGAGGAAGAAGGAAAACCAAAGUGCGGAGGAAGGAAGCAUCGAAAAGGAAAAGGUCGAAGAGGAUAACAAUGCGUCUGCUAUCACGAAUAACGACAACGUUAGCAGUAUUGGCGGAGGUAGUGUAAAGAACGGCUCAGUCCAAGGCCACGGAAAAGGCAUAAAGCAGGGGAAAGGAGGGAAUAAAUCUGAAGAAAGAGACCCCUCUGGAAAUAGCGCCCACUACGGAAACUUCGGUGCGAAUAAUGAUUGGAGAAGUGGCAAAAAUAAUAAUAACGGGAAUCAUAGCAGUAGUAGUAACCACGGUGGUAACGUCGAAAUAGGGAAGAACAUCGGGGCCGUGUACCCAUACUCGAAGGGCAACAACACGAACGGUGAGCUUUUAGUUAGUAGGGAUAAGCACAGCGAUUACAACGGAGCGGCUGUGAAGGAUCCAAGUAAAAAACGAAGCUUUGUGAAGGGUGAAAGUAAGAACUUGGACGGAGGAUACAACGGUAACGCCAGCAACGGAGGCACGAACAGCGGAAGUGUGGGUAACUACCCAAAUAAAACUAGCUACAAAUAUGAUUAUAAGGGUAAUAAGAAUAACUACGGUAUAAAGGGGGGUAAGAAUUACAAAGGCCCAGCCCCGAGUAUGCUCAGCAACAAUGUUAGUGGGGGUAUGUCAGGAAAUAUAAGUGGGAACUUCAACCCCAACGGUAGCGGAAAUGGUAGCGGCAACAGUGGUGGAAGCAUGAACAACAAUCGUCACAAUAGCAGCUCGUUGACCUACGAUGGUUUUAACAAUCACGGUAGCAGUAACAACCCCAAUGAAGGCAUGAUGAUGGAUCCGAUGAAUAAUAAUAUGAUGAUCUACAAUAAUAACAACCCCAAUUAUAACUAUCUGCCUAACUAUGCGUGCAAUUAUCCUUACAGUUAUUACAUGGAUGAUAGUGAGAGCAAGAAUAUGGAGUUAUCUAAUUAUUAUUCUUCGGGAAAAAUGUACAGCGGAGCGCCUUCUUCCGCUGGAGGCGGUGGUGCUGCUGCUGGGACUGGAAGUAGCACAGGUGGUGCUGGCGGAGCUGCUAGUGGAGGUACCAGUGGAGGCGCCUCGGGAACGACUCCUCCCCCUGCAUCCACGCCCGCAGCAUCUUCCAGCGCUACCGCAGGAGCAGUAGUACCGGAAGGGUAUAACAAUGAUGGUAGUUACGAUGCUCGCUUUAAUUACAGCAGUAUGAUGAACGACUUCUACAAUUAUCUCCCCUUCAAUUAUUAUUAUUACAAUAUGAAUAAUAUGUACUUUGGCGGAUCGAACUACAACCCUAAUAUACACAACACCCCCUACCAUGAUAACCUGAAAAAUCGGAGGAAUAAAAAGUACCUGUAUGAUAAGAAUAAAAAGAAAAAUUAUAAAAAUAUGUCUUCGUCAAAUAUGUACAGUGAAAUAAAAAACAGAGUCAUCGAGAUUUUCAAAAGGGAAAAUAUAAUGACAGAUGAUUAUUUGUUAUACUUCAUGUAUAAUAAUGUGAAACUUAGCAUUGACGUAAUAGCCAAGCAUCCAUACAUAUCCCCCUUAGUUAACAGCAACACGCAAAAUAACACUAGCAUUCUGGCGAAUGUGUUAAACGACUUGAAGUGCAUCAACUUGGAUAAGAAGGAGGACGAGGGUUGUGUAGAGGAAACGGAAAAAAUGGAAGUUGAUCAGGAUGCUUCCACUUCUCAGGUAACCAACCCACAAGUUGUAACUACAGAUGGAAAGGAGAGCAGCACUAAUGUUAGUGGCAGCCAUGUUGGAUUGAAUGACACAUCGUAUGAACAGGACGGAGAGGCGAAGCAGUCACAGGAGGGGGAUGAUUCCCUUAAAGAAGGAGAGGAUAAGAAUGUUGCCCCACCAUCUGUAGAUGUUAAUAAAGCAGAGGCUGCUGUGAAGGAAUGUUCUUCACUCAAGAGGGAGGACAACGUAUUAGAGUCUGAUGCAACAGGUGCAAAUGAGAAGGAAAGCACAGUUGUAGAAGAAAUGGCGGGUGAAGGAGGAGGAGGCACUUCCUCCUCUCCUGAGGACAAGAGCAAAAAUAUCGAAGUUAAAAAUAACGAUAAAGAUGUAAAGGAAGUUUCAAAUAACGCUGCUAAAGGUGGCGCAGUGGACUCGGGUAGUAACACGAAGAUCCCCGUCGAAGAGGACAACAAAAACUUUUUGUUGAAUUUAAAUAAUAAAAGAAACGUUAUCAUAAUAAGAGAUAUCAAUUCGCACCACAUUAAUACGAUUAAGAGUAUCGUUCUUAGUAGCCCCGAUAUCCAGGGGGUGGAUGUUCUAAAUAUCAGGAACGACGUGAAUAACACUAUCUUCAUCACGUUGAGGAAUGAAAAGAAGACGGAGUCGCUAGCGCAAUAUUUAAAGACCAAAUCUGUUAAUGAUAAAAAGUUAAACGUUCGAAUUAAGACCACGCAGAAGAUACAAAACAUUAUAGAGAAUAACAUUUUCAAGUCUACGGCUACCACGCUAGGGAAUAGUAACAAUGUGAGUGGAAGCAACCAAGGAAAUAACCAUAGCGGCGGGAGCAGCACCAACGCGUCUGCGAUGGGAACGAACGGUAGAGGUGUUAUGAGCGGUGUGAAUGGUGCCGGUAUAAAUGGAGGAAGUACACAUGGCGGUAGUGUCGGUGGUACUGGUGUUGGCACUGGGUCCAUGUCAACAUUGGUUGGAUCACACAAUUCGACCUCCCCCAAUGGUGUAGUAGGAGCCAUGGCUUCUUCCUCCUCCACUGGUGUUGGUGGGUCUAGCACCACAAACAACGCAGCGACGGCCACGCCGAACGGUAGUAUCUCAGGAACAACAAGUGGAAACCAUUUGAAUAUGAUACCCACUUCAGGGAUGCCAAUGGGGCCCAAGCAAUACAUGAAUUUUAACAACAUGUAUUAUAUGCCGAACACGAUGAAUGGUUAUGAUAGUAGUAUUUAUGGACACUGCGGUACUGGGAGCAAUGGAGCUUCCAACUUCGAUGCCUAUUUGAAUUAUUACAACUAUGGCAUGAAUAGCGCAGCGUACAACAUGUAUCCAAAUGUUAAUUUCUGUGAUUCGUACGGUGGAGGAGGGUACAACAUGUAUUCGAAUGCAUAUGGUCCUUUGCAUGAUAUGAAGAACAAGUACAGUUACAAUAAUAACAAAGGGAGUAAAUUUUCUAGGGGAGGUGGUGACGGUAACAAUAUGGGAAGAGUGAGCGACAACAAUUUUAACAACGCAGUAAUGACAGGCUCAGUAGGUGCUGGAGCACCCCAAGGAGGAGCAAGCGGAGGAGGUAAUAACGCCCCCGGCUAUUUUGCUAAUGCGUACACGAAUUACAACAAUGUGUUUAGUAACAUGUACGGAAAUAAUAUGUACGGCAAUAUUAUGCACAGUAGUAAUAUGCACACGAAUAAUAUGCAAGGUAGUGUGGGUCAUGAUGGUGGAAGCAACAAUAAGGGUGACAAGUAUGUGGACGAUGGAAGGAAGUUCCAUCAUGUGGAUGGAGUGAAUGAUAAGAUGGGAGGGGCCACAAGUACCUCUGGAACAUCACACCAUCAUAAUCGAAUGACCAAAGGUGGAAAGGAUGCGGAUAAUGGAAAAGGUGCCAUAGGUUCGGCAGGCGCAGGCAACAACGCCAAUAGUAAAAACAACCGAAGUGGUGCCAGCGAAAAUGGAACCACCGGAGGGAAGAAUAAUAGAAGUAGGAGCAGCAGCAACUGUAACAACAGUACCUACAAUGGAAAUAACAACAACAACAACAAUAGUGGGAAUAAUAAUGGACACGGAGCUAGCAGCAACAGAAAUGGUACAAAUGGCAGUAGCGGAAACGGCAGCAGCGGAGGCGGCAACCAUGGAAGUAGCGGGGGGAGCACGGGAAAUGGAGGAGGAACGGGAAGCGGGGGCAACGGAGCGAGCGCAGGCAACGGCAACAACUGCAGCAGUAAUAAUAAGAGCGCCAUGAAGACAAACGGAGAGUACAGCAAGAGCGGUAGCAAACUUAUGGGAAAUAAUCAGAAGCUUAAUAAGAAGGACCCCCUGGUAAUGUACGAAAAUAACAGUGGUAAUAACAGCGUGAUGGCGAAGAAUGAAAACAAAGCAAUUGAAAAGAAGAGUGGAAAAAAUUAUUAUAAUAAGAAAAAUAGCGCAAGGAAAAGCGCAGAGAAAAAGAGCGAUAACAAGAAGAAGGACGACAUGACUACUGUAUCCACAGAUUUGGGGAGCAACGAGGUAACAAAAAUGAAGGACGACAGGAAGAAGGGGAAUCUGAAGCAGAAGGAAGACGAUAAUUAUAGUGAAAUGGCCAAUCAGGCGGAUCAUCAUCAUUCUCAGCAGCCGCAGAGGAAGAAAUCGCUCGAGAUGGGCGAAUCCUGCGAAGCGAAUGAAGCGGAGGAAGAGAACUUCAUCGCGAACAGCGACUUGGAAAAUGAUACCAGCGCAGAGAAGGAUAAUGAGGACUGCAUUAAUAAUGAGGAGGAACAUGGAAAAUCCACCGAAGCGGAAAAGAGUGAUGAAGGUAACAACCAAAAUGAUGAUGUAAUCGUGGAGAAAAAAAAUAAGAAGGAUUCUCUUGCAAAAAGUGAACAAGCGGGUAGCAGUGAUGCCAAGGAACACACCAACAAGGUGUCCGCAAGAAUUGGCGCUUCAAAGAAAAAUUUCGCAAACAAAAUUGGCACUAAUAAAGACAAAGGCGCAGUCAAUACUGACGAGAAAAGGGCCUCAAAGAAUAAGAAUAAAAUGGAGGACGCCACAGUAAAUGGCAGCAUCGUCAACGUAGGUAUAGCGACCAAUGAAAGCAGUCCAAGUGGCAACACGCAAAAUAGGAAGAAGUACUCCUAUGUGGACAUUAUGGAUUCAUGCAAAAAACUAACCAACGUUGAUGCCCCUCCUGAGUGCAUAGACAAGCUCAUGAAGGAGAAUGUCUCCCUUUUUAGAAAGCGCGACGAUCAGUUUUGUUGGAAGUUGAACGUUUUUUAA